CUACAUUCACGUGCUCAUCGUCACAUGACCGGCGGCAGUCAUGUGACUCCUUGCACGCGGAAGCGCGCUUAUCAGAGUGAGUCGGAGCGCGCAGGGUUUUUGUCCAGACUGACAGCAUGGAUCAGCGGGUGUUCUGGGUGUUUGCCUCCGCGGUGUGCCUCCUCUCCUUCACCGUGCACUCUUCGUCCGGGCAGACCUACCCCCUGACUGAUGAGGGGGGUCUGGGCAGAGUGUUUGACGGGAUCGGAGGGUUGAGCGGUGGAGGGGCCACAUCCCGGUUACUUGUGAACUAUGCUGAGCCGUAUCGGAGCCAGAUUUUGGACUACCUGUUUAAGCCAAACUUUGGAGCCUCCUUGCACAUUCUGAAGGUGGAGAUCGGAGGAGAUUCUCAGACUACAGAUGGGACGGAGCCUUCACACAUGCACUAUGAGAACGAUGAGAACUACUUCAGAGGCUACGAGUGGUGGCUGAUGAAGGAGGCCAAGAAGAGGAACCCGAACAUAACGCUCAUAGCGUUACCCUGGGCGUUCCCAGGCUGGGUCGGCCGUGGGGAGAACUGGCCUUAUGACUUCCCAGAUGUUACUGCAGCGUACGUGGUGAACUGGGUCAUAGGAGCCAAGAAAUACCACGACUUGGACAUUCAGUAUAUUGGGAUUUGGAAUGAGCGGAUAUUCAACUCAAAGUACAUCAAGGUUCUGCGGAACAUGCUGGACAGAGUCGGUCUGACCGACGUUGGCAUCAUCGCCGCAGAUGGAGACUGGGACAUCGCUAAAUAUCUGAUCGCUGACCCACACCUUAAUGACUCAGUUCAGGUGAUUGGGGCUCACUAUCCAGGAACUACCACCGUGCCACAGGCCUUGACCACAAAGAAAAAGCUGUGGGCAUCGGAGGACUACAGCACCUUCAACGAUGACGUGGGAGGAGGCUGCUGGGCGCGGAUCCUCAACCAGAACUAUGUCAACGGACAAAUGACUGCAACCAUCUCCUGGAACCUGGUGGCCAGUUAUUACGAGGAGCUGCCGUUCGGCAGAGACGGACUGAUGACAGCUCAGGAACCUUGGAGUGGAAACUAUGUGGUCGAAUCUCCGAUCUGGAUCACAGCCCACAGCACACAGUUCACCCAGCCUGGAUGGACAUACCUGCAGACUGUUGGACACUUUGCUCAUGGAGGAAGUUAUGUGGCCCUGACUGACGGGUAUGGAAACCUGACUGUUGUCAUAGAAACCAUGACUCAUAAUCACUCCAUCUGCAUCAGACCUCCUCUCCCUCCCUUCAAUGUCACGUCCCAGAAUGCAACAUUUCAGCUGAAAGGGUCCUUUACCUCCAUCAAAGAGCUGCAGGUGUGGAGGUCGCACUUUGACUUCAAGGCGAAGAAGCACUCGCUGUUCGAGAAGCUGCCUCCUGUGAAGCUUGUAGAUGGAUCAUUUACUCUAAAUCUGGCUGAAGAUGAAGUUUAUACUCUGACCACCAUCCGGACCGGACAGAAAGGGAGCUUCCCUGAGCCGCCACCUUCAGCCCGCUUCCCUAAAGUCUACAAGGACAACUUUGAUAUUCGAAACCCUCCGUUUUCUGAGGCUCCUAACUUCGCUGACCAAACCGGUGUGUUUGAGUACUACAUUAACCUGUCUGACCCCGGACCACAUGCCUUCACGCUACGGCAGGUCGUGAUGGAAAGACCGAUCACCUGGGUUGCGGACGCCAAUCAAACCAUCACUGUCAUUGGAGACUAUCAGUGGCAGAACAUGUUGGUCACCUGCGAUGUAUUUAUGGAGAACGUAAAAAGCGGCGGUGUGUUCGUGGCAGCCCGGGUGGAUAAAGGGGGCCAGUUAGUACGCAGCGCUACAGGAGUCUUCUUCUGGGUGUUUGCCAAUGGAUCGUACAAGGUUACCAAUGAUCUGGCAGGACAGUUGGUGCUGGCAGAGGGACUGUCAGGAACUAGACCUUUUGAUUGGCACAACUUGUCCCUUUAUGUAAAGGGUCAGAGCGCCUACGGAAUGCUGGACGGACGGCAGCUGUGGAAUGUCACUGGAGUUUCUUCACCGAAGAACGGCUGGGCAGCAAUCGGAACGCACUCGUUUGAACUGGCUCAGUUUGAUAACUUUAAUGUGUUGGCAGAGUAAAGAUGGAAUAGGGAAAUUAUUCUUUCUUGAUUUAAAAAAACAUAGGAAACUUAAUUGACUUUUGCACAAAUGAAGAGAACAGGAAGUAUGUAAUGAUGUAAAGUACACUGGAGCUCUGAGCUUUACUGCUUAAUGAAUUUUUAUGUUUUUUCACAUUCAAGGGAACACAAAGACUGCACUAUGUGGUUUUUAAGGAACAUUUUGCCUGAACUGCCUCACCAUGAAUUAUGAUUAAAAAUUAAUGUGAUGAAUCCAUUUUGUUCUGGGGGAUUAAGCCAUUAAAUGUCAUUGUUGGUGUUUAGAAGACUUUUGCCUGAUUUUGUUUAUUAAAUAUUUUUACCUAUAAUCUUGUGAUUGGACAAUUAAAAAUAAUCUGUAUUUCUAACAUUUUAUUUGACUUUUAUUUCCAUUUAGGCUAUACAACUUAAGUUUCAACAAGUACUUUCCUCUUCAGCUUAAUUUUAUCUAUAAAAAUCGAUCCAGUUCUUCUUGGACACCCCUGGGAAAGAUGUUAUUCAAAGCAGUUGUUUUUUUCUAUAUAUUUGUGCUAAUGAUGUACUGUAAAACCAAAAAAUGUUAAUGUAUUUUUGCCCAAUAAAGUCUAAGGUGGCAUUUAUUGGUGCACAAAGGA